CAAAAAUUUUACACCACCGUGUCGAAUGGAUAAUUCACCAUCAAGAAAUUUAACUCUAGCAUUAUUCUAUCCAACAACAACAACAUCAUCAUCAUCAGUAUCACUUCAAUACUUUUCAAUCAAUAAGUGCGCACAAUCUGAACAUUUCAUAUAAUACAUCAUUAAAUACAUUUUACGAUUUUUAAAAACAAUAAUAACACCACAUCAUGAUGGAAACAGAACCAACCUAUGAUCAACAACAACAACAACAACAACAACGUAGUACAACAACAAGAAACAAGGCAGGUGAAUUUGGUAGACCUUUAAUACCCUUCUUUUUAAAUGAAGAUGCCAAUGGAGAAACACCAACCGGAGGCUAUUCAGUGAAUGAAGAUUUAUUCUUAACUGAUGAACAAGCACAACAACAAGAACGAGUUUUUGUACCAAAAGGGGAGAAAUCAAUUAGAGUAAGAGAAUUUAAAGAUGGAUACUUUGAAUACAAGGAUCUUUCUUUUGAUGGUAUUCAAGAAAAGUUAACCUUUCAUUCUCCAAUCAAGCAACAACAACAACAACAAGCUAAUAACAAUAGUAAUCAACCACAAUUCUUCUCUCAACACGUUGAAAAUAAUAAGAAUAAUUCUUCAAAUGGUAACAGUAAUGCCAAUGGAAAUGGUUUUGGGAAAACAAAAACAUCAAGCAGGGAUCACUUUGCAAACUAUGAAAGAAUGGUCAUUCCUUACCAACACAAGAAUAACAUGACAAAAUCAAAUGAUAACAGUAGUAGCAGUGAUGAAAACAAACUCCAAAGUGAUGAAGAUAAACGAGAAGAAGAAGAUAAGAAGGCAAAGAAAAAGAAGCAAAAGAAGAAGGUUAUGGUUCCUAUCAAUGUACAAAAACAAAAUGUAUCUUCAAGAAAUACCAAUCAUCUCAUUAGAAAUCAUGAGAAUCAACCUCCUAGUAAUAUCAACAAUAACCAAUCCUCUAAUCAAGAAUUUAUUUCAUCAUCAUCACAACAACCAAAUUAUCAACAACAAUCAGUUCCAGUAACCACUAUUAAUCAUACUGCUGGAUAUCCUCAAGUAUUAGUUAUGCAUAGUCCUUUAGCUUUCAACUCUCCUUCCUCUCCAACAGUUUAUCCAAAACCAAACACCAAUCAGAAAUUAUUAACACCUUCAUUACUUGGUAUCAAUAGAUCAGCUUCUAUUAUAACCUCAGCAAAUAAUUCUAGUCCUAAUUCUGCACCAUCACCAAAUGGACUUUUAAAACCAAGCGCUCUUCUCAGUCAAUCACUCCAAUUAAUCAAUUCAACACCUGUAAAACCUCCUACAGUUUCAACUAUUCCUCCACAAAAAGUUCCAACUCAUUUUCCUCAACAAUCCUAUGAUGUUUCAUACCUUGAAAAUAAUAUUUUACCACAGUAUUAUCAAGAACAACCUGCUAGUUAUAAUUAUUCAAUGAAUAAUGGUUCUCUUCCAAAUGUUACCACUUCUGAACCAGUAAUUGAACAAUUACCACCAAUUUCACAAAUGGUUUCAUCUAGUUCAUCAACCUCCUUGACUGAAAAAGAGUUAUUGUCAAUUUUAAUGAAUGAUGGAUCUGUCAAUUUCACCCCAGAUGAGCCUGAGAAUUUAGAACAAAAACAUAAAAAGUUUGCAGGUGGUUCUUGGUCAAAUUCUCCUCAUCCAAGUGAGAUUCCAAAGCCAAAUUUCAAAUAAAUGCAAAGAUUUGGAUCUC